GGUACUUAGAUAAAGAUUACAGUGAGAACACGCUAAUGAAUACAUACAAAUAAUUGGAUAAAGAUUGAUGCACCCAACUCUUUGUCAUUUCCCUACUUUUUCAAGAAAAUCCAUUACUAAAACACCCAUCUUUUCUUUUUUGUUAAUUUGCAGCUUUUUGAAAUUUUGGGGUUUUGGUUUGAUUAUAAUUAUGAUCAAGAAAAUGGGAAGAUUGAUUUAUGUGAUUUUGUUCUUGUGUUUUGGUUGUUCAGUUUUAGGGCAGGACAAAAUGGUUCUGUUGGAGUUCAAGAACUCGAUUUCUGACCCAUCUGGGAUUUUAUCAAGCUGGAAAACGGAUGCUUUGAAUUUCUGUUCAUGGGAUGGAGUUACAUGCAAUUCAGAUUCUAGAGUUGUGGAGCUGAAGAUAGCUGGUGGUAAUGGAGGUAAUGUUUUUGAUGAUUCUUGUUUGAAAUAUUCGGAAUUUAUGUUGGAUGGAUAUGGAAAUGAAAUAAAUUGUUCUGGUAUGAAUGGAAAGUUGGUUGGGGAAUUACCAUAUGUUAUUGGGAAGUUGACUAUGCUUAGGGUUUUAUCGCUUCCGUUUAAUGAACUUAGUGGUGAACUUCCUAGUGAAAUGUGGGGUUUAAAGAAUAUUGAAGUACUUGAUCUUGAAGGGAAUUUGAUUACUGGGAAUUUGUCGGGUAAUUUUGAUAGUUUUAGGAAGUUGAGGGUUUUGAACCUUAGUUUUAACAGAAUUGGUGGGGAGAUUCCGAAUUCUCUUUCUAAAUGUAGCGAUUUGCAAGUUUUGAAUUUAGCAAGAAAUAAGAUAGAGGGAAGGAUUCCAGGGUCCUUUGGUGGCUUUGUGAAGUUAAAAGUGCUUCAUUUGUCGUUUAAUUUGUUGAGGGGAUCAGUUCCGGAUGAAUUAUUGAAAAAUUGCGGGAGUCUUGAACAUAUGGAUAUAGCUGGUAAUUAUCUAAAUGGGAGCAUUCCCCGCAGUUUUGGUAAAUGUGGUCAAUUAAGAACACUGUUGUUGUCUUCUAAUACAUUUGAGGGUGUUAUUCCUUCGGAACUUGGUGAUCUUAAGAAGCUUGAAGUUUUGGAUGUAUCGCAAAACAGCCUUCGUGGUAAUAUUCCGACACUGCUUGGAAACUGUUCUAGCUUAUCAGUUAUUGUCCUCUCAGGUAAUUUUGGUCAGAAAGCGGUUGGCAUACCUGAUGCCCUUUUCAAAGAGUAUAAUAUGUUUGAAGGUUCCAUCCCCGAGCAAGUUACAUCACUCCCUCAGUUGAAGAUAUUUUGGGCUCCAGAUGCAAAUUUAAAAGGCAGAUUUCCUAGCAAUUGGGGACAUUGUGAUAACUUAGAGAUGGUCAACCUGGCGCAAAACUUAUUUACAGGAAAAAUAUAUGGGGUAUUUGAAGGAUGCAAGAACCUGCAUUUUCUUAAUCUGAGUUCAAACAGCAUAAGUGGGGGUCUCGACGAAAAACUUCAAGUUCCCUGUAUGACCGUGUUUGAUAUUAGUUCAAACCUAUUGUCAGGGUUGAUUCCCAGUUUCCACAACAUUACUUGUACUUCUCUCUUCUCUUCUAGUUCAGGCCUUCUUGAAUCUUCCAGCCCAUCCUUUGCGUAUGUGUCAUCCUUUACAUGUAAAACACUUUCAGAAAUCCCUCUACCAUUUUCAAGUGUAGGCUUUCCAGUCAUUCAUGACUUCAGUCACAAUUACUUCAGUGGUUCAGUUCCAAUGCUUCCUGUAAUCCGCGGAAGUCUAGGCAAAGGUGUUGAAUAUGCAUUUAUUGCAGCUGGAAAUAAUCUUACUGGCAGCUUACAUGAAAACUUAUUUGGCAACUGUAACAAGUUUUUUAGAAUGCUCAUCAAUGUAAGCAACAAUAGACUUUCUGGUCCACUUCCAUCCGGUAUUGGUGUCACAUGCAGACCUCUAAAAGUUUUGGACGUCUCCAAGAAUCAGAUUUCAGGAGUAAUACCUCACAGUAUUGGAUAUUUACAUUCACUUGUUAAGCUUGACCUGAGUUGGAACAAGUUACAGGGUCAGGUGUCAGUUGAUCUCAGUCGCAUGAAGAAUCUGAAGUAUCUAUCCUUGGCAGGUAACGAGCUGAAUGGAAGCAUACCUUCUACAUUCUCACAGUUAACUGCUCUCCAAUGUUUAGAACUUUCAUCGAACUCUUUUUCUGGUGAAAUACCCGUGGGUCUAGCAAACUUGCAUAACCUAGCUGUUCUAUUGCUUGAAAACAAUAAACUGGCAGGUAGCAUCCCCACAAAGUUGUCAAAUAUAACGUCACUCAACAGCUGUUACAUCUCACUUGAUAAUUUGUCUAAACAAUUCUUGUUAGGCAGUAAGAAAAUGAGUUGUAGCAACUUUCUUGGAAGUCUUUUCCUUCCUGUAUCUCGUUUAGCUUUACCUCCAGGCGAAGACACACAUGACUCUGUGGCUUAUCCAGUAACGAGUGGUUCUAAAAGCUCAAACAAAGGAUUUAGUUCUAUCGAGUUGGCAUCCAUAAUAUCUGUAUCUGCAAUUGUUUUUAUUCUUCUAUGUCUAGUCGUCCUCUUCUAUUAUAUAAGAAGAAAGACUCCAAAUACGAGAGCUCAUGUUUCAGAAUCUUCUGAGAGGAAGGAAGUUGUAGCCUUCAAGGAUAUAGGGGUACCGUUGACUUAUGAAAGUAUCGUUGAAGCAACAGGAAAUUUUAAUGGAGUCCAUUGCAUUGGAUAUGGGGGUUUUGGUGCCACUUACAAGGCUGAGAUCGCACCAGGAACCAUAGUGGCAGUGAAGAGGCUCACUUUAGAACGAUACCAAGGUAUCCCACAAUUUGAUGCUGAGGUAGGCAUCCUUGGAAGGAUAAAACACCCGAAUCUUAUAACUUUAAUUGGUUACCAUGCCAGUGAAGCAGAGAUGUUCCUCAUAUACAAUUUUCUUCCCAGAGGUAAUUUGGAGCAGUAUAUCGAAAAACGAUCCAAAAGGGAUGUCGACUGGAGAGUACUUCACAAGAUUGCUCUGAAUGUUGCAAAUGCACUUGCUUUUCUUCAUGACCAAUGUAAUCCACGAGUUCUACACCGUGACAUCAAGCCAAGCAAUAUACUACUGGAUGAUCAAUAUAAUGCUUAUUUAUCCGAUUUUGGGUUGUCAAGGCUUCUGGGAAUAUCUGAAACCCAUGCAACGACAAGUGUUGCUGGAACUUAUGGUUAUGUAGCACCAGAAUAUGCUUUAACUUGUCGCGUAUCUGAAAAAGCUGAUGUUUACAGUUUUGGCGUAGUCCUUCUUGAGUUGCUAUCCGAUAAAAAAUGCCUAGAUCGUUCUUUUUCUUCUUAUGGAAAUGGUUUUACUAUAAUAUCAUGGGCUAUAAUGCUACAGGAAAGCAGUCGGGAAAAGGAGUUUUUCACUAGUGGACUAUGGGAGACAGCUCCGCAAAAUCACCUUCUUGAAGUUCUAAAGCUAGCAGUAGCUUGCACAGCUGAGGUUAAAACUACGAGGCCUGCAAUGAGACAAGUUGUCCACAUACUGAGGAGAUCUCGACCUCCUUCAGGCUAGGUUCUGCACUUGCCAGUCGUUUCUUGUACAUAUGAAGAAGGGCUGAUUUUUCCAAGGUGACAUAUAGUUGUUGCAGCCAAUUGUUUAGCUUUUAGUCAUUCAUUGGUGUUAGCUGAGAUAUUUUUUUGACUGGAUCUAACCAUGCAUCUCAUUCUUUCAACAAUUUUGUGUACAGUCAAGUACAAAGAUGCACCAAAGUGACACUCUUUGGCUAUGUUUGUUAGUAAGAAAAACACUUCUCGAAUUAUUUGAAAA